AUGGCUCAGCAACCCAGUCCUCCAUCUUCAGUCUCCGAUAUUGCUAUAAACACGCAGAGCACGCCGGCGAAAGUUGAACCUCCUCCUGAAUUUCGCGCCUUGACGCUUCUCGACAACGCGCCAGAUGCUAAGACAAGACCGGAAUGGCAGGACCCAGUGCGAUGGUGUUUUUGGGGAAACGCUGCGGUCCUGGUGAUAAAUAUCGCGCUCACAAUCGCCGCAGUUGGUGUCUCUGCCUCGAAGCAUGACGAGAGUCUCGGCCUUGGCGUUGUAAUGACUGCGACAAGCAGUUACUGCUGUACGAUUCUUAUGGCCCCGUCCCGAACAGACAUUGAUAAAGCCCAUUCCAAGGGAACUUGGCUCUCAGUCGGAGUUGCGAGUUGGCAGAACUUUCGCAAUCUCAAAAGGUCCAGUCAAGCUUUAUGGAGCAUACUGCUUCUGACAUCAAUAAUAAUGCAGAUGAUCUAUAACUCUGUCGUUUACUCCUCUCUCAACGCCAAUGCCUAUCCAGUGAUCGUUGCACCAAUGGAGUUUGUCUCGAAUUCCAGUAUACCUACAUCGUUUUACGAAGAACAGACCUGUUGGCCCGACGAUGUUCUUACAUGGAACAUCACCGAUCUGCGAUCUGGCAUUAUGAACGGCAGUUUUGAAUACCUCAGUAAAGACGAGUGCAUCGGCGCCUACGCAAAUAGCUUUACGUCGGACAGACGCACUGUUGUUUUAGUGACCCAGGAGCCCAUCACCGGCGCGGGCAUAUCGCUGGCUGGAUAUGGAUACGCAGGGGGUAUCGAAGCAACAAAUCCGGCGAAGACUGUACUCAGUCCGUUCGGGAACAUCGGGGCACUAGACUGGAUCUUUGAAGGGCCUGGAGGUAUGGGUCUCAAUCUUCCUGCACGGGCACAAUUUUACAAGGUUUGGACACCUGGAACGUGUCUUCUCGAGAUUGGCCACGAUUCACCGAAGUACACAUACCUGAACAAAACACACAAUAUAACCUGGACUCGCAAGGAGGUGGAGGUUUUCACGUCCUUUGUGGGAACCAACCCUCCGCCAGAACAGAUGUGGUCAUAUUUGAACACUACAUCUUGGAUUGCGUCGGCCGGAACACUUAAUGUUUCAACUGAGUGUACACCUCUAAAUAAGCUGGCUAAUGAUUUUGAUGCGGAUCCAUUACGGGAGAUCAAGGUUGACCACUGCCUGAGCUUAAGGACCUCUGAAGAAUGCCGUUUUUUCUAUCAUUUGCCUAUCGCUCUUGUUAUGAUCAUCUGCAACUUGAUUAAAGUUGUUUGCAUUUGGCUUUUGCUACGCAUCGAUCGUCACGACUUGAUCCUUACUAUGGGUGAUGCGAUCUCAUCGUUUCUUCAACGACCAGACCCGACCACCAAGCAAUGGUGCACACUUUCUCCUGAAUUUAUUGCUGCGGAGAAGAAAUGCCCUUGGCACUCGGGAAACAAAAGCUUCGAAAAGGAAGAGCUAUGCUCACCAGAGCCACACCCUGGCCUUCUCCCUUCAGAAAAUUACAAGAAAAGAUGGAACACAGCUACUAGUGGCAAGAUCUGGUUGCUCACCAUUUUCAUACUCGUCCUAUACAUCGUCAUCAGUCUCGCACUUCCCACACUCGCGGUGCAGAAUACGAUAACCCACCAAUUGAUCACCGUGCAACCACUUAGUGCAAUAUGGCAGAUCCAAGGCUGGGGCACGAUUCAGUCAACCGGUCUACUUUCAAACCUGGCCACUUCUUUCGUCGGCAUGGAGCUUCUUGCAAACACACCGCAGCUAGCAGUGUCAUUCCUUUACUUCUGUCUCAAUGACAACCUCACAAGAAUGAUUCUCGCAGCCGACUAUAACAAUUUCGCAAUUCACCGACGUCCACUACGAGUCUCCUUCCCGCGUGGGGAGCAGCGAUCGACCUGGUAUCUGACCAUUCCCUACCAAUAUGCCAUUCCCAUUCUCACGACAUUUACUCUCAUUCACUGGUUUGUCUCCGAAGGCCUAUUCUAUGUUCAAGUCUUGCCGUACAGCAUUUAUGGAAAGCCAAUUCCUUCUGCUGAGUUGGUAACAUGUGCCGUAUCUACACUUCCUCUAGAACUGGGCCUGUUUCUAAUGAUCGGUAUGUUUAUUGUCAUCAGCUUCUUAGGUAGCAGACGGCUCAAAGCAUCCAAGAUGCCCAUUGCCCGCGAGUGGAGUGUUGCUAUCAGUGCCGCUUGUCAUCCGCCUCGUCUUGACCUGGAUGCUGCGUUCAAGCCUGUUCAAUGGGGCGUAGUUGAAGAUGACACGGACGCGUUGUAUCCCCAUUGCAGCUUCACCUCAAAAGAAGCGAAAGAGCCGGAGGUCAAUGUCCAGUAUGCUUAA